AUGUCACCUGAUUAUCACCACCCAGGGGCCACGUGUAGGGAAUCCAUACUCCGGGUAUACUCCUACGGACGAAGGAGCCGUCUUCUCAGGCGACUAAAUAUCGCUCGCACGAUCUUCUGCGCAGCAGCUGCGUGUGAGCAGCAGCCCGGCUACCAGCGGCAGGUUCCACCAGGCGAGGAGCAUAGGCUGUCGUAUGUUAGUAAAUAUAAAUUAUGUCGAAAUUGCCUCAGCCAAGGGCAUCCUGUCAGUGACUGCCGCAUGGGUUCAUGUCGACAAUGCCAGCAAAAACACAACACUCUCCUCCAUAGUUCUAAUGAUGACGUCACUGCCAACUUCAGCACAGAUGAGCAAGUUGAACCAAACGAAUCUGUAGCAGCCUUUUCUAGACAAAUUUCCAAGCAUGUUCUCCUAUCUACAGCAUUGAUAGAAGUUUUCAAUCCUAUUAAUAAGCAGGUAGAAAAGGUUCGCGCUCUCUUGGAUUGUGGCAGCCAGUCUUCAUUUAUCACUAAAUCCCUGCAACGGAGAAUGUCACUAAGAACUUGCCCAUUGCAGGCAAUAAAUGUCAUUGGGAUUGGCAAUAAUUCUUCUAAUACAGUGUACGAAAGCUGUCUCACUCAAAUAAAAUCUCUAAAUAGCAACUACAGCGUUACUCUUUCGUGUCUUGUUCUCAACGAAUUGACGGGCCGCUUACCUAAGACCCCAGUUGAUAUUCAAGCUCUCAAAAUACCUAAUUCUCUUACUUUGGCGGACCCUGAGUUCUACAAGCCAGCUCCGAUUGAAGUUUUAAUUGGAGCAGAUAUCUUCUGGGACAUUCUAAACAGCGAACAGCUUUCUUUAGGUCCUAAUAAUCCUAAAUUGCAAAAUUCUAAAUUCGGCUGGAUAAUAGCUGGCCCAAUCAACAAUUAUUUUAGUAAAGAAACUAUUCAUUGCAAUCAUGCCAGAAUUGCAAACCCCACUUCUGACGAAAUUCACAAAAUGCUCACAAAAUUCUGGGAGCUUGAAGAGCUACCCCAAAAAACUGUUCGAAGUCAAAAUGACAUUGCAUGCGAAAAACACUUUCUAAACACCACCACCACUAGCUUAGAAAGUGGCAGAUUCUGUGUGAAGUUACCCCUAAAGGACUCACCUGACUGCCUCGGCGAUUCAUACUCUCAAGCUAAAAAACGAUUCCUAAAUCUUGAGAAAAGAUUUAGACGAAAUAAAGAACUAAAAUCGAAAUACGUUGAAUUCAUUCGUGAAUACGCUGAUAUGGGCCAUCUAUCUGAAUCACCUACUCUUAUUCCAAAUCCAUCACAUUUUUUGUGUCACCAUGCUGUCAUAAAGGAGAAUAGUGAAUCUACCAAACUCCGAGUAGUGGCUCAGCCCCCACAACCUCUGGCUUCUCUGUCAAUGACAUCCUCAUGGUAG